AUGCUGUCAGAGGUCCAGUGGCCACAUUUGAGAGGGACGCACCGCACGAGUAGGUUGUCCUCAACGCAGCAUAGACAGAACAAACUAAUGUAACUCCUCCAAGGGUCAAAUGAGUAGCAGUCCUAUUUCUUCUCAUCGCAGUUUGUAAUUCUGGAUAUGCCGCAUGUCAGGUGCAGAACAGGAAAGGGUCUGAUUCACACACUCCCUGUUUCCUCAGCUCUUACAUUCUACCAAAAUUAAGCAUUCGUCAAAUUCUUUAAUUCAAUGAAUGAAGCAAAGUCCUGUCCCAAUGGAAUACUGACAAUAUCCUGGCUUGGUGUUGACUGUUGAAAUAUGCUCUCAUGUGAGAUUAAGACAGGGAAACAACACAGUUACACAGAUGGCCUAAAUUGCUAAACAAAAGCACAGUCUUUAUCCUAACCUGUUAAACGACUGCUCCAAGAUGGCAAACCCCAGCUCACUCUUGGUCACUGAUGGGGCAGUGCAGAGGCAGGUUGAAGAGGAUCAAUAUAUCCUCUAUGGCGUGGCUGAAGAGGAUGCGUGUGAGUUGGGGUUCACUAGGAAGUAUGACCUCAUCCCAUCCAUCGUCUGCUCAGUAUGCUUUCUGUUCGGCCUCAUCUACUGCUUUUUUGGAUACCGCUGCUUUAAGAUGGUCAUGUUUCUGUCCGGCUUCAUGUUUGGGUCUGCACUAGUCUGCAUGUUGUACCAUAAGGAGCCUGUGCUGGACACCCAAUUGACUACAGAGACCAAAGCAGGCAUCCUCCUGGGAGUGGCUGUGCUCUGUGGCCUGGUGACUAUGCUGGUACAGACUGUGGGGUUCAUCAUUACUGGCCUACAUCUGGGGAGUCUGCUCACCCUUGCCAACCUGCUGGUUGUCGGACAGUUUUACAGCCUUACCCCCCUAUGGGCGCCUCUCGGUGCCCUCCUGGCCAUGAGCACCUUUUGUGCCAUUCUCACACUGCAGUGGCAGAAACUAUUCACUGUGCUCUCCACGGCUGCAGUCGGUGCCGCUGUGGUGAUGGCGUGUGUGGACUUCUUCGUAGAGACGUCGCUGCUGGCUGGCCAUGCGUACGACAUCCUGUCUCAGGUUCCUCCUCGUUCCCUCUGCUGGUACAGCUGGGUUAUAACAGGUGUAUGUCCUCUAUUCAGUCUGAUGGGGGUGCUGGUGCAAUGGAUGCUCACUUCCAAAGGAGUGUCCCACACAGAAGUACCUGUCAGUGGCCGACAAAGACAGGUCCAACUGAUGCGAAUCAGACGAAGAGAUGCCCAGAGACGACCCCAGCAGGGCACUUACCGCCAUCGCAAGCCUCCAAUCCUAAAGCGCUAUGCUGGGGACGUCCUGGCCCCAAGUUACAUCCAAAGCAUUCGUGACCGCCAGAUGGGUACAGGCUCCUCUACCAACAGCAACAGCACAGUCAACCACACCAUGAUUGACUUUGAGACAGGCUCCAUGGUGCCCCUGACUGCCUCCUCCCUAGUUUAUAGGGUCUGAGGGAUGACCACCAAAUACUAGGCAUCCCCUCCCAGUUCCACUUAGGUGCCCUAUACCUCUCUCCAGCAGACCAUUCAUAGACUGUUUUUUGAGACGACAGAAUGAUUCUUGAGACAAAAUUCAAAAUACUAAAUCAAUCUGUUGUUUUGUUUAUUAUUGACAGUCUUAAGGUAUCAGACAGUCAAUCGUAAUAUAACACAUUGAUCCUUCUUCCAAUAAAUCAAAUUGCUUUAUUUUA